AUAACUGCAUUGACGCCAGGCCAGACAGUGCACCAAAGUGUAAAGAACAAUCUUCCCAGAUGAUCCCUGAUGAACCAUUGAAAUUUACACGGAAGUUUAUACGGAUGAGUGAUGUCAUUUGAUACUACACAUCGUCAAUUUUUUUUAGGCCCAAAAAACUGGAAAGGCAGAGCGUGGGUACGAGAAAUACCCCCUUUUGCGCAGGACGGGUUACAAGCUGGCUUUUAAGAUGAGUUUCGCAGUUAAAACAAUACUGUUUGCUUGGUAUUUGACGUACAAGGGGACGGUGGAGAGUGCCUCUGUUAACGCGACCUUGCCAUCAAGUACAGCAAUACUGAAUGGCACCAAGAUUGACUUUGUAUUAGAUGCAUUUGAUCCCCCUUCAUCAAAUAUAGCCUAUACUCUCCUGACAUUUGGAUAUGAAAAGACUGGCGCGCCAUUUGCCAGACUUUACAAUUAUAAUAAAAUGCGAUCAGUUUUUGAUCUUCACUCUUCAAUACCACCAGAAUUUGUUGGGAGGCUGACCACCUCUAUGGUUGGAGGUAAACAUAUCAUAUCAGUGUCUCCGAUAUUGUUCACAGAUGAAAAUUUAAAAUUUUAUUUUGAGCUGGACUAUUACACAGCUGCAGGUGUCGCAACCAAGAUUGACAGCCAGAAGUAUCAGCUGCAAAAUGUGUACUCAAUGCCGACAUUUAACGAUGCAGAAUCGAUGCAAGCUUCUACAACAUUAAUUGAAGGAAUUACCGGGACAAUACAAUGCGUCGUGAGCAGUCGACCUGUUUCAACUGUGACGUGGUCAUACAACAAUGCAACGAUCAAUGCAACUCAGUCAUCAACAACUUCAACUAGGGGCAGUAUCACUAAAGUGACGAGCGUGUUAAGGAUCAGCAAUCCAUCUUCGUCACUUGAUGGUGAAAAAGUCACUUGCUUUGCAUCACAUCAGUUUUCUGCUGCUGUGAAUCGCACAACAACAAUCAAUGUUCAAUAUCGCCCAAAGAACACUUCGUUUUCCGUGGUACCAGCAAUGCCAAAACAAAACCAAAACAUAACACUGACAUGCAGUGCAAUUGGCAAACCAAGUGUCACAAAAUACAAAUUUUACGUCAACGAUACGUCUAUCGGAAAUUCAACCAGUGGGUCAUUGACUGUAAAUGCUAGUGACUGCACAAGGUAUAAUGGGAAUUACAAAUGUGUUCCUGAAAGUAGUAUAGGAGAUGGAGAAGUUAAGAGCCAGUCCGUUGUUGUGACAGAUGAUAUCAAAGCCAAUCCAAGAAAAUCUGCGCUAGUAGCCAAUGAAACACAAAAUAUUACGCUCACGUGUGAUGUGUCCGGGUGCCCUUUGCCAACCAAAAAAUGGCAGAAAAAUGGAAACCCUUUGAAUAGAUUUGGUAGCAUUUUGAAGUUGAGCAGUGUCAGUAAAUCAGACAGUGGGCAGUAUUCUUGUCACGCGGAAAAUGGAUACACCAAUGCUUCGACAGAAAUUCAAGUCACUGUUAAUUAUAAACCAGUGUCCACGACUUUCACAGCAUCGGUCGCCAAACCAACAGAAGGUUCAGCAGUCUCUUUCAAUUGCAGUUCAGAUUCCUACCCAGCGGCAACAUACAGGUUCUAUCGUGUCGAUAAUAUCGGGAAUGUGUUAGUCAGCAGCUCCGGUUCAGAGAACAGUGGGGUGUACACAAUAUCAAGUGUCAGUUACAGUGGUACAUACAAUGUCACUUACAAAUGUGUUCCAUACAAUCUUCUGGGAAAUGGUGUGGCUGCAAAUACCACAAUCGAAAUUCAGGUUCGACCUCGAAUUAUGGUAUCAGCAAUACCUAGUGCAGUGAAUGAGACACAAACUGCUGUUAUCCAAUGCAAGGUCUUAGCUGCCAACCCUGUUCCGUCUCUCGCCAUCACAAAUGCCAAUGGCCUUUCCAUUACCCACACAAACGGAAAUGUAACAUUAAGCAGUGUCACGGCUGAUCAAGCUGGAAUGUACACGUGCACAGCCAGCAACGGAAUUGGGCAACCAGUCAUUGGAAAUACCACAUUGACUGUCAAUCACAUACCAGACAAGAUCAACCUUACAUCUUCCAACAACAAACCUGUCAAUGGUUUGUCUGUCACGUUAACUUGCUCUGCUCGUGGAACCCCUAAACCUCAGUACAAGUUUUACAAUGGUCUCACCAAUUCAAUUGUCCAGGACUCUUCCAGUGGGACAUAUAUCGCAGGUCCUCUGAACUACGAAAUCGUAACAAAUUACAGCGCGAUUUUUCGUUGCAUACCUCAUAAUAUGAUGGGAAAUGGAGUUACAACUUCGAUAGCUCUUGAUAUUCAAGUGCCACCAAAGAUUUCUCUUUCAAUUACUCCGCAAACUGUCAAUGAAACUGGUAAUGCCAACAUUGCCUGUGUUGUUGUUGCUGCUAAUCCAACUCCAGUUAUAACGAUCUUAAAUCCGUUGAGCCAAACAGUAUCACACAAAAAUGGCGCCGCUGCUCUUACAAAAUUAUCUCGCAAUGAUGCCGGAAUUUAUUCGUGUAGUGCAAGCAACAGUGUGCCCGGGUCCCCGGUUACAAAGACUGCUGCUCUUUUCGUCAAUCAUGCUCCAGAUCAACCCAGGAUUACAGCAACAGCAACCAAGCCUGUCACUGGUUCAACAGUCACUUUGACCUGCUCUGCACGCGCCACCCCAGCAGCGCACUUCCGAUUCUUAUCUGGCAAUGGGACUGUGUUACAAGACGGUGCUAGUGCCAACUUUGUUAUAGCUUCAUUGAAUUACGUGGAUUUUACAAAUUACACCGCUACGUAUCGAUGCACAGCACAUAAUUCUUAUGGUAAAGCCCCUCGUCAAGAAAUCGUCCUUGAUAUCCAAGUCCCUCCUGUCAUCUCAUUUUCAAUAAACCCGAGCACAGUCAACGAAACUAACAAUGCAAAAAUGCUGUGCACUGUUACUGCUGCACACCCAGCACCAUCAAUCACUAUACAGAACCCAAAGGGACAAAAUUUAAGUCACACAGAUGGUUUGGUACAACUUGAUUUGAUCACUCGUGAACACGGUGGAACAUAUUCUUGCAUUGCUUCCAAUGGAGUUGUUGGUUCACCUGUGACGCGGACAGCAAUCCUCACUGUAAACCACCGACCAGACAAUGUCAGUAUAUCAGCAUCAAGUCUUAAACCAGUAAAUGGUUCAUCUGUUACAUUCACGUGUUCUUCACGUGCCGGUCCGCCAGCGAAAUACAAGUUCUACAAAGUAACUGGAUCGACGGAGAUCCUUCUUCGGGACUCCACUUCGGCCGUGUACGAAAUCACAAACAUCAAUUAUGCAGAAUACAUUGGUUAUAAAGCAACUGUAAAAUGCAUCCCAUACAAUUUCUUUGGAGAUGGCCCUAGCAGGAAUGGAACUGUCGAUAUUCAAGUGAGCCCGCAGAUAAAUGUACCAUCCACUCUAAAUGUUAAUGAAGGUCAACGUGCCUCCUUAACUUGCUCUGUGACAGCAGCCAACCCCUCGCCUACAAUUACCUGGAAAUGGCCAGCAAAUAAUGUUUUAAGUAGCACCAAUGGAGUGCUUGUUAUGUCGUCUGUCAGGAGGGGGCAAAAUGGAACAUACACAUGUGAAGCUUCAAACGGUGUUGGAUCGACCGCUACGAAGACUGUUUCUCUCACUGUCUAUUAUGGACCUGAAUUCACGAGCCACAGCAAUAGCAUAACUACCUGUAGACCACGGACAGUAAUCGUUAGAUGCGUUGCAGAUGGCUUUCCUGUACCAACAGUUAGAAUAAUGUUUUCAAAUACUGAGAAGACAAGAGGACAUGGACAAGUUACUCAUAUAAUAACUGACUUCAGGGGCGAAAAUACCGGGGGGGUGUGGGGGGGUGUGACACCCCCCCAAUCCAAAAAAUAGUCGAUUUCGCAGGGC